AUGUCGAGCCUGGGCUGUUUGGCCGAGAAAUUCUCUCUCGUGGCCACCACCCUCCUGCUGGUUGGUCCCGACGACCCGGCCCGACUUCGCGAUUUUGCCUCCGGCUGGGCGCCCGGCAGAGAGAAAGGAAAAAGAAUGGGGAGCGAAUCCUUCAUCCUUUCCGUGAUCUGCCUGCUGGCGGUGCUGAUAGUCAGGCUUGCGGCCAGCGGGGACUCAGCCGAUGGGGCAAGGCGACAGUCGGCAGCCGUGGCCGUGUUCUGCGAAGGUCCGUGCCUGCGCAACGCAGACGGGUCGCAGUACGAGUGCCCCGCCGCGUUCAAGAGCGCAGAGUACAACGUGGCGACGUGCUACGUUGAGGAGGGCCAGUGGGGAGCCCUGGCGAGCAACUUCACCUCCUUCAUGAUCCACCGCGACCUGCUCUCGGAGACCUACAGCCCCUACGUCUUCAACGACACCGGACGGCCCGCAGCCUGCAACACCGCCAGUCAAGUCGACACUGGGCCUAGCGCGAAGCUGGGCCUGGGCGGCUGCACGGACCACGUUUACUACUACCACCCGGCCGGAGGUGGUCCGUCCUAUUACUCCCUCGCCAUCCGCCCGGCAAACUGGACCAACUGCGGAGGUGGAGGAGCACACGACAACGACACAGACGACGACCGGUGGAUGGGCUUUGGCAUCGUUGCCAUCGCGGUGGCCGGCGGAGUGAUACUUGUCGUUGGUGUUGCUGCCGCUGUUGCUUUUGUUGUGCUCCGCCGCCGAGCCUCCCACUCCCAGUUGUAA